UGGUGCAAUGAUCAGAAUCAGUCGGUAGGUCGCAUCACGGCGAAAGGUGAAUCGUGGACGUCUGAGAAGGAGGAAUUGUAGCCAAGUAGCGCGCGCGACUGCAUACUGUAUGCUGAUCAAGUUCCGGGUACUUUUCGAACUUUCACGAGUCGAAAAAGUGAAAUUCGUUAGGUGACCAAUCAACCCCUUUGCCUAGGAGAAUGGCAGCGGACGACCCCCUUCGAAACGAGCCAUUAAUUUCCGUUGAAUUCGAGGUCUUUGGCAAGGUGCAGGGUGUAUUUUUUCCAAAAUACGUGAAAGAUAUAUCCCUAGAAUUGGGAAUUUGCGGUUGGGUGAAGAACACCAAGUCCGGCACGAUACUAGGAAAAAUGCAGGGACCACGUGCGCUCAUCGAUCAGAUGGCACAAUGGCUAACGAAAGUGGGCAGUCCAGGAAGUGAGAUCCACCACUGCGAAUUCACAAAUUGGGAAGGCAUUUCUAGGCUACAGUAUAAAGGAUUUGUUAUACGUUUUUAGCAAAGAAAUAUCUAUUCGUUUUGAAAAUAUAAGUUAAAAAACA